CGAUGGCGAGCGCAGGUAGCAACUACCGGCUCCGGUGCUCCCUGGCGGGGCACGAGCUGGACGUGCGGGGGCUCAGCAGCUGUCUCUUCCCGACGGGCGCUUUCGUGUCUGUGUCCCGGGACCGGACGGCGCGGCUGUGGGCGCCGGACAGCUCCAACAGAGGAUUUUCUGAAAUGCACUGCAUGAGUGGUCAUUCCAAUUUUGUUUCUUGUGUGUGUGUCAUCCCUCCAAGUGACAUCUACCCCCGUGGACUAAUUGCCACUGGUGGCAAUGAUAACAACAUUUGCAUCUUCACUCUGGAUAACACUGCACCACUUUAUGUUCUGAAGGGUCAUAAAGACACAGUUUGUAGCCUCUCAUCUGGGAAAUUUGGCACUCUUCUUAGUGGCUCAUGGGAUGCGACAGCCAAAGUCUGGUUGAAUGACAAAUGUAUGAUGACACUGCAGGGCCACACUGCAGCAGUUUGGGCAGUGAAGAUAUUACCUGAGCAAGGAUUAAUGUUGACUGGUUCAGCUGAUAAAACCAUUAAACUCUGGAAGGCAGGUAGAUGUGAGAGAACAUUUACUGGCCAUGAAGACUGUGUAAGAGGCUUGGCUACUUUAAGUGAGAUGGAGUUUCUUUCUUGUGCAAAUGAUGCCAGUGUUCGAAGGUGGCAGAUAUCUGGCGAGUGUCUUGAAGUUUAUUAUGGACACACAAAUUAUAUUUACUGCAUAUCUGUCUUCCCAGACAGUAAAGAAUUUGUUACCACUGGUGAGGAUCGAUCUCUCAGAAUCUGGAGACAGGGGGAAUGUGCACAGACAAUCAGACUUCCAGCUCAGUCUGUUUGGUGCUGCUGUGUGUUAGAAAAUGGAGACAUUGUUGUUGGAGCAAGUGAUGGCAUCAUCAGAGUGUUUACAGAGUCGUUGGAGCGCACAGCAAGUCUGGAGGAGAUUCAGGCUUUUGAAAAUGAGCUUUCUCAAGCGACACUUGAAUCUAAAACUGGUGAUCUAGGGGAUAUUAAUGCUGAUGAUCUUCCUGGUAUUGAGCAUUUGAACGAACCAGGUACAAAGGAUGGACAGACAAGGCUUAUUAAAACUGAUGGGAAAGUUGAAGCUUACCAGUGGAGCGUGAAUGAAGACAGGUGGAUGAAAAUAGGGGAUGUUGUUGGCUCUUCUGGAGGCACACAGCAAACAUCUGGGAAAGUUUUGUUUGAAGGAAAGGAAUAUGAUUUCGUUUUCACUAUUGAUGUGAAUGAAAGUGGGCCUUCCUACAAGUUGCCAUACAACAGCAGCGAAGAUCCAUGGCUGACUGCAUACAAUUUCCUGCAGAAGAAUGAUCUAAAUCCCAUGUUCCUGGAUCAAGUGGCCAAAUUCAUAAUUGACAACACCAAAGGGAAAACACUUGGGAAUAUGAGCGCUGAAUUUUCAGAUCCUUUCACAGGUGGUGGCCGCUAUGUUCCAGGUACAUCUUCAGAAUCCAAUGCAGGACCUGCAGCAGAUCCAUUUACAGGUACUGGUCGCUACGUCCCAGGUUCAGCAUCUGAUCCUGCCGCUUCUCUAAGUGGAGUUGAUCCAUUUACAGGGACUACUGCCUACAAAUCAGCUAAAGCUGAAAAUCUAUUUUUUCCAAAGAAAGAAGCUGUUACUUUUGAUCAGGCCAACCCAACACAAAUACUGGGUAAAUUGAAAGAACUUAACGGAAGUGCCCCUGAAGAACAACAGUUAACUGAAGAUGAUUUCGAUCAACUAGAAAAGAUGCUGUCUAUAGUAUGUAAUAUCUCUGCGGAAACACCAUCAGCACAGCAACUUCAAGCUUUGUUGAAAGCAAUUAACUGGCCAGCAGACAUUGUCUUUCCAGCACUAGAUAUUCUUCGAUUAGCAAUCAGGAAUCCCAGUGUGAGUGAAAGCUUCUGCAGCGAAAAGGACGGCAUUCAGUUCAGCAGCCACCUCGUCAAAUUUCUGAACCCUUCAGGAAAGCAAGCUAACCAGAUGCUGGCUCUUAGAACUCUCUGCAACUGUUUUGUCCACCCAGUUGGCCAAAAGCUCAUGAUGUCGCAGGGGGAUCUGAUAAUGUCACAAGCGAUAGAACUAAAACUGAGCAGCAAUAAGAACGUUCACGUUGCACUGGCCACCUUGGCUCUGAACUAUGCCGUUUGUUUACAUAAAAUUAGUAACAUUGAGGGUAAAGCUCAGUGCUUGUCAGUAAUCAGCAGUGUUAUGGAAGUUGUGCAAGACCUCGAAGCUAUAUUUAGACUGCUUGUGGCUCUUGGGACACUAAUCAGUGGUGAUUCAAAUGCUGUACAGUUAGCUAAGUCUCUAGGAGUUGAUUCUCAAAUAAAAAAAUAUUCCUCUGUAUCAGAACCAGCUAAAGUAAAUGAAUGCUGUAGGCUUGUCCUUAAUUUGCUCUAACAUUUUUAAAGCACUUGGGAGCCUAGGACUGUGCUGAAGAUGAUUUUACAAGAAUUGACAAAAUACUGUGGGUUAAUUAUCCAGUUGUUAAGUUAAAAAAAAAAAACCUAAAUAAAA